CCGGAAGCACAUGUUAUCUGUCACCUUACAGGUAGCUAGCGAGAUUUUGACUGUAUUUAUCUCAUGAGCUCCUAGCUAACCAACUUCGACACCAGACCUUUACACAAAGAAGUUUCUAUACACCUACGUUCAGAACUGAACUAUGAUAGCCUACUACUUAGAUAGAAUAACAGGACACCGCCUGGGCAUAUGGUAUACUAUUAUUAGGAUAUUUAUAAGUCAGAGAAGAAGCUAAAUUUAUCUCAUUUAAAUCAAGAUAAUGAACAUGUCCGAAAUUUGGGAACUGAAGAAAACACUAAAGGCAUGGGAAAAUGUAUUUUUCAAGCAGCACAAUAAUAAAAAGCCAGAUAAGUCUGAUAUUGAAAGAGCUCCAUUAGAAAUCAGAGAAUGUUAUGCUAAAUAUUCAAAAAUGAAGAAAGAAACUAAUAGCUUAAAACAAGAUUUAAAUAUUUCUGUAAAUGGAGAUGAUAGCAGUACCAAAGAUACAUCUGUGUGGGGAACAGAAUAUAACAGAAAUGUUUCUGGGAAUGACAAUGAUGAUAAAGAUAUAGAAGAGACCAAACAGGGAGGUUUUCUGGACAAGAUUGCAGAUAGAAUGUUCCAGAAUUCCAAAAUGAUGAGUGCUAAAAAAUUGAAGACACCUAAUAGAGGAAUAUUUUCCACUGCAUCUACAUCAGCCAAUUCUGAGAAACAUCAACAGAAGAAAAGUUUGGAAAAAGAAAAAUCAAAAUAUAAUGAUCCCGAUGAACCUUUUAAUAAUGAAACUUCAAAUAUAACAUCCAAUUCUUCACAAAUCAAAAAUAAUAUAUCUGGUGACUUAGUGAUAAACUCUUUUGGUUGUCUUAAGAGUAGGUCACUCUCAAAUGUCAGUUGCUUUACACCGAGUCCUUCCAGAUCACUGAAACCAAAGCAUUUGUCUGAUAUUCCUGACCAAUACUGUAUACCAUCUAAACCUCGUUUUACUGUGCAAUCUGUUAAAGUAGCUAAGCAAAAAGCUGAAGAAUUUGAAUCUAAAUUUAUGAACAAAAGUGUUGAAGAAGGAGGCCCACUUGUGGAAAUAAAUGAUAUGGAAAUGUCUGACAUGACACACCAAGUCAGUAAUUCUCUAAGCCUUAACCUGUCCAAGAAUACAUUUUCCUUCUCUUCGCACUCUAAAACUUUACCAGCAAACUGUGAUUAUAUAGAUACGCCUAGACCUAAACCUUUCAAAAGGAAGUCUGCUUUACAAGAAAAAUUAGAAAAACAAAGUAAUGCUAAAUUACUGAACAAAGAAACAGAAGAAGCAGGUAGCUCUAAAGAUAAAGAUGAUUAUACAUUUGAUUCUGAUAGUGAUAAUGCUUCCAGUACUGUAAAAGUAAAACCAGCAGCUACAAAAAGAAAAGCAGCAAGUUCUGUGAAAAGUUGUAAUAAACGACAAAAAAUAGAUUCAUCAUCAACGAAAAAUAUAUCAUGUAUAGACGAUGUUGAAAUGGUUGAAAGAAAGCCACUAAAGAGGAUUGCUGCACCAGCUUCCAAAAAAGGUAUCAAUGAAAACUUUGUACGACUAAAUAUGAAGUCAAAGAAGUACAAACGUAAAGGUGGAGGAAUGACUGGUGGAAUGUACAAACGAAAACAAUGGAAGAUGAAAAUGCAGGCAAGAAGUAAAAGUUAUGGUGGAAAAUGUUUUAUUUGUGAUUUAGAAGGACAUUGGUCUAAUAAUUGUCCAGAGAAAGGUAAGCAGACUAAUAAGAAACGAAACUAUGAUCCAAAGCCAGUAGAUGAAAAAGAUUUCCUCACUUUGAAAGAGGCAGCUUUAAUGGCAAAUGGUGUCAAAAUAGAUAGAGAACACCCUAAUUUAAGCACAGAUGUUAGAAUAGAUGAAGAUGGCAGUUUCGUGGGGGAUGAUGAAGAACUUUGCAUUGAAGCUGAAAUAGUUCGAAGCCAUGUUGACAAGCCAAUUUCCCCUCCUUCAUUUGAACCAUUUUAUUGUUCAGCAGAAAAACUGAAAGCUAAAGAUACACCAAAAGAAAUGAAGACAGCUCUAAAACAGUUUGGUUUUAACAAUUUUCGACCUGGACAGGAGGCAGCUAUGAAGAGAAUAUUGUGUGGUCUUUCAACCUUAGUAGUGUUAUCAACUGGUGAGGGGAAAAGUUUAUGUUAUCAACUACCAGCCUUUCUCUAUGCUCAGAAGUCACCAUGUUUAACAUUAGUUGUAUCGCCACUAGUUUCAUUGAUGGAGGAUCAAAUAACCGGUCUACCUCCUGGAGUUAAAGGUGCCUGUAUACAUGCAAACAUGACUAAAGUACAAAAAGAUGGAGUCUUUAAUUCUAUAGCAGAAGGGUAUUUCCAUUUUCUUUUGGUCUCUCCAGAAACAGUUGUUGGAGGUGCUUGGUCUACUUAUGGUUCAUUUCCUGGUCCAGACAAAUUACCCCCUAUAUCAUUUGUCUGUAUUGAUGAAGCACAUUGUCUCUCAGAAUGGUCACAUAAUUUUCGACCAUCCUAUCUUCGUCUUUGUAAGGUUCUCAGAGAAGUAUAUGGCGUGAAAUGUUUUCUUGGGUUGACUGCUACUGCUACUAAAUCUACUGCUGCCGAUGUUGCUAAACACCUGGGUAUAGAAGAUGAUGAAGAUGCUAUCAUCCGAGGCUCACCUGUUCCUAAAAACUUGCUGCUAACUGUGUCUAGAGAUAUCAACAAAGAUGAGGCACUCAUUAAUCUUCUGCAAGGGGAAAGAUUUGCUUCUUGUCAUUCCAUUAUUAUUUAUUGUACAAGAAGAGAACAAGCUAAUAGGAUUGCCACCUACAUUAGAACAUGUCUUCAAACACCAGAAGAGUCAUUGUCACAAAAAGUAGCAAACAAAUCUAAAAAGAAACAACUUUGGUCUGCAGAAUGUUACCAUGCUGGAUUAACCUCAGCUCAAAGAAAGCGAGUACAGAAAUCCUUUAUGACAAACAAGUUACGUGUGGUUGUAGCUACCGUAGCUUUUGGGAUGGGCUUAGACAAGUCAGAUGUGCGAGCUGUUAUCCAUUACAACUUGCCAAAAAGCUUUGAAAGUUAUGUCCAGGAAAUUGGUAGAGCAGGCCGAGAUCGUCAACUAUCGCAUUGUCAUUUAUUUUUAGAUCCAGAGGGGAAAGAUUUAAAUGAAUUAAGAAGGCAUACACAUGGGAAUACAGUUGAUCGAUUUACACUACGAAAAUUACUUCAGAGAAUUUUCAUGAAAUGUAAAUGUAAAUCUGUACAUGGCAGAUCCAGGGAAACAAGAGAGAUUGAUGAUACAGUAUUUAGGAAAGUGGAAUAUGAAUCAACAGAACGAAUCUGUAGAGGACAUGAAAGAGCUGUAUAUAUUGAAGACUGUGUUAUGAAUUUUGAUGUUCGAGAAGAAGGAAUAUACACAUUAUUGUGUUAUCUAGAACUUCAUCCUCUAAAAUGGGUGGACAUUUUAUCCCCAGUAUACACCAAUUGUAAAAUACAGUGUUAUGGCGGACCCACACAGUUACAAGCAAUUUCCAAAAAGUGCCCUCCUUUAGCUGUAGCAAUUGCCAAGAAAAAGAUUGAAGGAGAAUUUUUUGCUACAUCCAACUCCAUAGAUUUUCCUGUAGUUGAAAUCAGUGAUAGUAUGGGAUGGGACUCUGCACCUGUUAAAAGAGAACUACGUCAAUUACAGUGGACCAUAUCCAAUACCACUGGAGGACCAAUGAAGAGUGGAGUAAUGGUAGAAUUCUGUGACUUGGGUUUUCAUUUUCGUUCUCCUGGAGAUUUAAUGGAUGAUGAAUUGGAUAAUAUAUUGGAUUUCCUUCAUCAUCGUGUGACAAAACAAGAAAAAAAUGAACUUUUCCAGUUAGAUCUAUUAUCGGAAGCAUUAAGAAGUGUAUCUUUCAAGAGUUAUUGGAUGUGUGCUGAUGAUGGGGAUCAAGUACGCAGUGAUAAACUAAAAACAUCUAUUGAAGAGUUUUUUGAUGCUAAAACUAAAGAUAUAGAAGAUGGCAUGAAUGAGCGGACUGUUGACAUGCCUCAAAGCACUGUUUUAGACCAACUCCUGUGUGAUAUUAGACAGUUCUAUAAUCUUUAUGGGAAAGAGCACACUUUAACAGGCAGAGUGAUAGCAAGAAUAUUUCAUGGGAUUGGCAGUCCCUGUUUUCCUGUUGAAACUUGGUGCCGUGUUAGACGUUUUUGGAGAUCACAUUUACAUAUUGACUUCAAUCUAUGUUUAAAGAUUUCAUCUCAAGAGCUCAUAAAGAUUAGAUAAAAGUGUAAAAGGCUUUUAUCCAACAAAUUCCCUUGUGAUGAAACAAUGACAUUUGCCAACAUUAGUAAUACAUCAUUACAAAAUCGAUGUACAUAUGCACGCUUGCAGUAAAAUUUGAUAAGAUAGGCCUAGAAACACUUUGUGGAUUUUCAAACCCUUUGUCUGUCUUGGCAGUUAAUUCUGAGAAACUGAUAUGGAAAGUGUCUGAUAUAUUAAUGGAAUGUAAUAUAUUCAUGACCAUAGUAUAUGUAAAUGAAAUGGUUAUUAAAAUUACAAAUAUGUAUGUAUCACUGAA